UUUCUUCUCCUUCCUCUCAUGACUCCCACAGCACCACAGCCAACGGCGUCGGGCGGCGGCAGUGGGGCCAUGGCGCAGCCGGAGAAGAAGGCGGAGAAGGAAGGGACCAACCUGCUGGGCCGGCCGAAGUUCUCGGAGCUCCCGAACGGCCGGUUCAAAUGCGUCGAGACGGGUCACGAGCUGAUCGGCAAGGACAGGGACUCAUACUCCCAGAGCAAACGGUGCCGUCUCGGUCUCAUUGACUACGCCCUCUCCCACAAGAAGCCUCCCCUCAACAUGUUUACGCAAGACCCAGAUUGCCGAUCAAAGUUGAUAUGCAAGUUGACAGGGGGUAAAGUUAACAAGUCCGAGGAACACAUAUGGAAACAUAUCAACGGCAAACGGUUCCUCAACAAACUUGAGAAGGAAGAAGAAGAAAAGCUGGGGCAGAUGGAUUCUGAGGACGACAUGGGCCAAGAGAUUCCUGAACGAGUAGCCAAUGGGAAGACAGACGAGAAGAAAACGAAGGACAAGAAGAAGAAGAAGAAGAAGAAGAAGAAGAAGGAUAAGCAGAAGGGAAAGGAAAAGGAGAAGAUGGACGAUGAAAGUGAUCCUGUGUCAAGGGAAAAUGGUGACUCCGAGGAAGUGGACUUUUGGAUGCCCCCUGCUGGAGACCGGUGGGACUUCGAUGAUGGAGGAGAUAGGUGGGGGUCCGAUGCAGAGUCAGGGCCAGAAACAGCAGAAGAAGAAACAGUAUUUGCAGGAUUGGACGGUCCCCUUGAAGAUGAUUGCCCAGAGCCUGAAGAGACUUCUAUUCGGAAGAAACGAGCUUCUACUGAUUCUGGAGCUGGCAGUAUCGUCUUGAAGAAGAGGAAGAAAAAGAAAAGUAAGAACUCCAGCUAGUCAUACAGAGGCUAAGUUUAUUAGGAUCGUUUGACCAAGUUGCUUUGCCGUACUAAUCGGAGGAGGAAAGAGGAUUUGUUUCGACUUCGAGAUUUUUGUAUGUUUACUGUUUUGCACCUACAGAUCAUAAAAAAGUUGCAGUUUUCGAGUACUUAAACUUGGUUUCUUCUGAGA